AUGGCACAACGAAAAAUUAAUUCGUUCUUCAUGAAAACUGGAAGCCAACAACAACCACAUCCCCAGUUACAGGGUUCAAAAGAUCCUAGCAGUCAGAUAGGAGGAGAGCAGGGGGCUGAAAGUGUAAGUGAGAAAGGCAACACUGUCAUAGUGCAAGAUCUUAGCAGUCAUAAAGCAGGAGGGCAGGGGGCUGACAGUGAGAAAGGGGACACUGUCACGUCUAAUACAUGUUGCAUUACACUUUUUGUCUUUUUAGAAGAAGACUCAGACUUCAUUAUUCCAAAUGAACGACUGGCCAGGGACAAUUAUAUUAGGAGAGGUCCUAUUCAGAAAGAACUAGAAAGUUAUCCACUAACUUUAAUAAGAGAAAAUAAAAGGAGCUUCAGUAAGAACUGGUUUGAAAAAUAUAAAUGGCUAGAAUACAACAAAUUCAAGGAUGCUGCAUAUUGUUUCCCCUGCAGAGUUUUUGGAUGUUCCUCAGUAUUUGACAAAAAAUUUGCACUGGAAGGAUUUAGGGACUGGAAAUCUGCUUUAGAGAAUGGGAAAGGCUUUUCCAGGCAUAAUGCAAGUCAUAAUCACAUUGAGAAUUUCAAGAAAUGGCAUAUGUAUUUAAUAACAACACCUGUUGAUGAGCAACUUUCUACUCAAAAAGCAAAUCAGAUUAAACUACAAACAAAAGAGAGGGAAAACCGAUAUGAUGCUUUGCUUAGGUUAACAGAUAUAUCCUCCACAUUAGCCCGACUUAGACUUCCCUUUAGGGGACAUGAUGAGUCAGUGGAUUCCAAAAACAAAGGUGUUUUUAGGGAAAUAACAGAACUUGUUGCAAGAUAUGACGAAGUGCUUCAAACUCAUCUUGAAUCAUCAAAGAAGAACCCAAAGGGAGUUCCAUCCUACAUUUCAGCAAAAAGCCAAAAUGAGAUGAUCACUUGCAUAGGAAAUGAAUGCUUGAUUGAUGUUGUUCAUGUAAAAGACACAUCUGGGGCUGCCCUAGCCAACCAUCUGCUGGAGACAUUAGAGAAGUUUGGCUUGGAUGUGAAAAAUGUAAGAGGACAGGGCUAUGAUGGUUGUGCAGCCAUGUCAGGUGUCUACAAAGGUGUUCAGGCAAUCAUAAAACAAAAGUGCGAGAAAGCAUACUUUGUACAUUGCUAUGCUCAUCGUCUGAAUCUUGUUGUUGUUGACAUGUGCUGCAAAAACACAGCCACACGUAACUUUUUUGGGUUAGUUGAACAACUGUACUUAUUCAUGGAAGGAUCUGCUAAAAGGCAUUGCUUCUUUAUUGAUGUUCAAAAGAAGCUUGCAGCUGAAAGAGAUGACAAAAAAACCCAGACACUAAAAUCAUUAAGUAGCACAAGAUGGGCAACAAGAUUGGACAACUGCAAAGCUCUUCUGGAAGCCUUGCCCUCUGUGAUUGAGACCCUUGAUCAAAUUCAGACUGGUGAUAGAUUUGACAAGGAGUCAUCUGGUACUGCAAUGGCACUGAGCAAAGCCAUUGAUUUUGAGUUCUGCUUGCAUCUGGUUGCACUGAGUAGAAUUCUGUCAGUAACAGGUGUUCUAUCAAGAUAUCUCCAAAAAGAAGACAUGGACAUUUGUGCAGCUGCUUUGCUGGUUGAAGAUUGUAGAGAACAGCUUGUUUCAAUGCGGUCUGAUGAAGUCUUUGAGGAGAUCUGGACUGAAACAAUGACUCUAUCUUCAACAAUUAAUGUUGAAUUCCAAGAAAACAAGAGAGCAAGAAAAGUUUCAAAGAGGUUGGAUGACAGAUGGCAAAGCCAAACUCUGCUUAGUCAGAGGGAGGAGAUGAAAAUAAAUUUUUAUUUUGCAGCUCUGGACCUCAGCAUACAAAGUAUCACUGACAGAUUUAACUGUAAAACCUUGUCUCUCCUCAAACAUACUGUCUGUUUGACAAAGCCUUCAUCUGAAAAUGUUUCACAUUUUAAAUCUCUUUGUGGAUUUUUCGAUGGAGAUGUGGAUGUGGAAAUAGCUGAAACUGAGUACAGGAUGUUCAUCCACAGAUUACAAAGGGAAGAGCAAUGUCCUAGCAGUCUAAUGGACAUUUUCAUUUAUAUGGUUGAGAAGAAAUGUCUGAUGACAUACCCUGAACUCAGUAGACUUACCAACUCAUUGUCACACUUCCUGUGA